CUGAAGUUAAAGCUAGCAGAAUUGCCGAAUCAAUUCCCAAAGAUAAUAUAGUUGAGAUAUAUUUUGAGCAUCUGGACUAUUACUUUGAAAUGGCAGAGAUAGAACUUGAGAAUGAAGAUCAAACAAUCAACAUUGAAAAUAUGCAACAAAAUGUUGGAAUUACUGAGAAACUGGUUGAAACGUCAAACUCGUCUAGUAGUGAUGAGUUUGAUGAUUCUGAAAAUGAACUAUCAGAUUUCAAUCCAAUGCUUGAUAAGGGAGUUACUGGAAAACAACGCGUUGAAGGUUUUAGUGCCGAGGUUCAAAAGAAGUUGUCAAAUGAAGAAGGGGAUUCUGAUUGCGUGAAUUCUUCGGACACUUUAAGCUUGGAUAGUGAUUCAGACAAUGAGAGUUUUGAUUUUCCUAAGUACAAUCCUAAAACUGAUGAGAAGAAUCCUGUACUUGCUCUUGAAUAUACAUUUGGAAACAAAAAAGAGUUUAAGUAUGCCGUGGAAACUCACGAAAUACAAGCUGGAAAGUAUAUCAAGUGGUGCAAAAAUGACAAGAUAAGAAUAAGAGGUAAGUGCAUACAUCCGACUUGUGAGUGGGAAAUUAUGGCAUCAAGAAUGCACAGGGACAAGGGAUUUCAAAUAAAAACUUACAACCCUGAGCAUAGUUGUAAAAAUUGGUAUCAUCGUAAUAAGACGAUCACAUCUUCUUUUAUUGCAAGGAGAUAUCUGGAUACCAUCAGUUCAAACAGGGAUCUGAAAGUUUCUAAAUUCAGAGAUACAAUUAGUCGGCAACUUAAAGCUCAUAUUAGUUUACCUCAAGCUAGAAGGGCUAAAAGAAAGGCCAUCGCGUUGCUUGAUGGUGAUAUUAAAGAUCAAUUUGCUAUGAUGUGGGACUACAUCGAUGAGCUUGAAAGGACAAAUCCAGGUAGUUCGAUUCAUGUGAAAUUAACAGAAAAUGAAAUAGCUAACAAGCCAUAUAUAUUUCAGAGAAUUUAUAUAUGCUUUGCUGCUUGUAAGGAAGGCUUCAAGGCCUGUUGUAGAAAGAUAGUUGGUGUAGAUGGUUGUUGGUUAAAGGGCCCGAUGUAUGGAACUCAAUUGUUAACAGCAGUUGGGCUUGAUGCUAAUAAUAACAUAUUCCCAAUCGCAUAUGCAGUUGUUGAAAAGGAAACACGGGAUACGUGGUCAUGGUUUUUGAACUACUUGUCUAUUGAUUUGGAUAUUGAUGAUCAUGGUGGUUGGACUUUCAUGUCAGAUAAGCAAAAAGGUCUUCUUGAAGCAUUUAACGAUGUGUUGCCAUUCGUCAGUCAUAGAUUCUGCGUGAGACACCUCUAUGGCAAUUUUAGGAGGGCUGGCUUUAGUGGUUUCUCCUUAAGGAAUGCACUUUGGGCUGCUGCAAAGUCUACGACGGUGAAGUUCUUUCAUGAUCGCAUGUCUGACCUUUUAAAUUUAGAUGCAGAUGUUGUUUCUUGGUUAAAUGACAAACCACCAAGUGAAUGGUCUAGAUCUCACUUCAAUCCAAAUGCUAAGUGUGAUAUCUUGUUGAAUAACAUGUGUGAAUCCUUUAAUAGCAUGAUACUUGAGGCCCGAGACAAGCCCAUUAUAACAUUGUUAGAGAAAUUAAGAUACAUAUUGAUGGCUCGGAUACAAGCUAACAGGGAUAAAGGAGAAAAAUGGAAUUUGGGUGAUGUUUGCCCUAGAAUCAAGGAUAUUUUACACAAAAAUGAGGCGGCAGCAGCUGCGUUUAUUCCUCAAAAAUCAAAUAAGUGGAAUUAUGAAAUCCUUGGAGAGAGCAUGGAUGAUAAUUGGGCAGUGGACCUACAUAACAAAACAUGUAGUUGUAGGAAGUGGACGAUAACAGGAUAUCCUUGCAAGCAUGCCAUUUCAGCAAUUUGGGCUAAAAAUGAUGAGGUAAUUAAAUACGUCGAUGACUACUACAUGGUGGAAACAUAUAGGAGAAUUUAUGAAUAUGCUAUUCUUCCAAUUAAUGGAUCACAGUUGUGGCCUAAAUCUUGUAAGAUUCCUCCUUUGCCUCCAAAGAAUGUGAAACAGAAGAGAGGAAGAAAGCAAAAAUUGAGGAAAAAGGAAUAUGGUGAAGCUGGAGCGAGCAGAACAAGGAUGAAGAGGAAGCAAACAACUAUUGAAUGUAGCAUUUGUCAUAAGCCUGGUCACAACAAGAGAACUUGCAAGUUUAGCUAUGUGGAAACAGAAACUUACCUAAAUGAACCAGUCUUGUGGCAAUCAACUACAUCAUCACAUCCUGAAAAAUUGCCGGUUAGAAGAGGAGAAUUAAAUGAGGUUAGAACAGGAGAAGUAGAACAGGUUAGUUCUCACUACUAUUGAAGACAUUCUACUGUUGGAAUUCUUAGAUGCUGUGUCGUGGACAUUGUUCUAGUCACAUUUGCUGCUGUUUAGGAAGCGUCGAAGAUUUUGAAGCAGGGAUGCUGUUUAGUCAUAUUUUUUGUUGUUUCUAGUCAUAUACAAUAUGUAGUUCAUGUUUUGAGCAAAUUGCUAUAACUAUGUUUCAAUACUUUAAUGCAUCAUGUAAUUUUAGAACUGAUUACAAAUUGCAGAAAUUUUUUCUUA